AAAGGGUACUCAUCGGAUUAGCCUUGUCAUUUAGGUGAUUAUUGAUAUAUAGAAGGUGUCCAUUUUCCCGGGCGUAUUGGUGAGCCAUAGGGUGAUUAUCUAAGGUAAGUUACUAUAAACAGCGGUUGAAAGAGAUACAUAGGUCGAGGUCCUGCAGAACGUGAGCGUUUCAACUUGGCAGAGACAGAAAGAAGGAUGGGUUGGAUCGGCUCAACCCUCGACUCUGUUCGUUCGGUCCAGCUCAGACAAUUGUUCACACAGUUCAUCAAUCUUGGAUUGAUUGUGACAUCAGCCCUCAUAAUAUGGAAGGGAUUGAUGUGUGUUACUGGAAGUGAAUCACCUGUUGUAGUUGUGCUUUCUGGUAGCAUGGAACCUGGUUUUAAGAGGGGUGAUAUAUUGUUCUUGCACAUGAGUAAAGAUCCCAUUCGUACUGGAGAAAUUGUCGUAUUUCAUGUUGAUGGACGUGAAAUUCCUAUUGUUCAUCGUGUUCUAAAGGUGCAUGAACAACAAGACACCGGUGAGGUUGAUGUUCUCACAAAAGGUGAUAAUAAUUUUGGAGACGAUAGGGUUCUGUAUGCUCAUGGUCAGCUUUGGCUUCACCAGCAUCAUAUCAUGGGGAGGGCUGUGGGGUUCUUACCUUAUGUUGGCUGGGUCACUAUCAUGAUGACUGAAAGACCUAUCAUCAAGUACUUGCUCAUAGGCGCACUGGGUUUGCUGGUCAUUACAUCAAAGGAAUGAAGGGAGAGUGUUUCUGUGAGAAAUGAGCUUUGAACUUUAUAUUCAAGGGGGAAAGGACAUCUCUUGUUCACCUCCUGCCCUGUUUGUAUAUUUAAUAGGAAGUGCCAUUCACAUUUGUGAGUAUACUAAUUUAUAUAACAUCCCACUUUUUUUACUGUCA